GGUGGGCGUGAACCGACGUCUCACUGGAUGGGGCGCGGCCUAGCGGUCGGGGGCGUGGUCUGUGGUGGGGCCUCUGGGGGCGUGUCGGGCGGCGGCGGUGGCGGCGGCAGCGCCAUGUCGAUGGAGGACCCCUUCUUCGUGGUGAAGGGGGAGGUGCAGAAAGCCGUGAACACCGCCCAAGGGCUCUUCCAGAGGUGGACAGAGCUCUUGCAAGAUCCCUCCAUCGCUACAAGAGAAGAAAUCGACUGGACCACUAAUGAGCUCAGGAAUAACCUGCGGAGCAUUGAGUGGGACCUGGAAGACUUGGAUGAAACAAUUAGCAUCGUUGAGGCAAACCCACGGAAAUUCAACCUCGAUGCGACGGAGCUGGGUAUCAGGAAAGCCUUCAUCACGAGCACGCGGCAGGUGGUCAGGGAAAUGAAGGAUCAGAUGUCAAACUCCUCUGUGCAAGCGCUGGCUGAAAGGAGAAGCAGACAGGCGCUCCUGGGAGAAAGCGGAAGUCAGAGUUGGAGCUCUGGAGCUGACAAAUACAGCCGUCUGGACCGGGAGCUGCAAUUAGCAAAUUCACACUUCAUCGAGGAGCAGCAAGCUCAACAACAGUUGAUUGUGGAGCAGCAAGAUGAGCAGUUGGAGCUGGUCUCUGGCAGCAUUGGGGUGCUGAAGAACAUGUCCCAGCGCAUUGGCGGCGAGCUGGAGGAGCAAGCGGUGAUGCUGGAUGACUUCUCCCACGAGUUAGAUAGCACUCAUUCACGGCUGGAUAACGUCAUGAAGAAGCUGGCCAAAGUGUCUCACAUGACAAGCGGUAGGAGCCGGUUGCAGCGGUCCCAAACCGCCUGUGGUCGGAUGUGGACGCAGAGCAGCGAGCCUUGGGGAGGACGGGACGGCAGGGAGGAAUUAAUGAUUUCACUGAGCAUUACAAACCACCUCGCCAGCCCACGGGUGCUUGCUGGCCAAAGGCAUUAAUGGGAGGAGCUGGGGCGGUGAAACUCUGCACCCCCACGGCGAGGGAGGAGAGCCCUGGCCGAACACCCCUGCCCCACGCUGCCUCUCUCCCUCCCUCGGGCAGCUCUGUGCCACUGACCACAGUGAGUCUGCAGCAGAGCAUUCACAGCCAGUGCCCUGCAGCAGAAAGCUUGCCUGCCAGUGAGCCGGAGAGUGCAGCAUCCUGCCAUCGACGGCCUGGUGGGAUUAGAGACCCCAGAGCUUUAAACUUGGGCUGUUGGUGCACGCUGAAAGCUGGCAAACAACCGUUAGCCGGAGAGUGAGUUUCUUAAAGCUUCUAAAAUUGCCUCCUUCGUUGUACAAGCCUCUAAAGCUCAUUGACUGAUGCUUUCUUUGCCCUUGUAUAACUGCUUCUGUUUAACAGCUGCUUCCCUUUGGCAAGUGAUUUGUCAGGUCUAAAAUAACUUAUUUUUUUUAAGGAAAAAAAAAAAAACUUUAAAGAUUUUUUGAUGACCGUUUGAGCCACGUUCUCUCUGCGGGUGCACAACCCUCAUUGUCAAAGAAAUGGGGCUCAAUUAUGUGUUUUCAGUGCAUAUGAACUUGUAAAUAGGAUGUCUUAAUUUUUCCCAGCCUCUAUUUUUUUGGAUGCCUCCGUUGUAAGCAGCCAAAAGCAAGAGUUUGAAAGCUAGUCUCAUUUCGGUAUUACUUCCCAGUCUUUUUGUUACUUUGGAGUUGUUUGUCAGUCGAGCUGUCUCGGCAGUCCUGGAUAGCCUAGUUGUCCCCCUUGUACAGUAAACUAGGUGUUAGCCAGGGGCUCGAUCCCCAGAUGUGGUGAAGAAAGCUCACCCUGGUGACAUUGCUCAGGAGAGAAGUGGACCAGGGGUCCGUGCUUCAAACACCAGUUGCAGGAAUAUGGGGUGACUCUUCAGGAGAGCAAAAACGAUUUCUUGCUAAAGCCUGUUCCCAUUUAUAAGCUGCAAAUACCAAAAGACUCAGGACAGGCUUGCUUACACCUCCCCAUCUGGCUGUCAGCUGGGGCUUGGGGAGGAAGUUAAUUGGUGCUGACGCUAAGACUUCUGCUGAAAUUGCUAAUCGCCCCUGAAAAUUGUCUUUCCCGAGCAGGAAGCUCACCACCAGACAGCUCUAUCUCCGGGAUGCAUAGCCCGGACAGAACACUCCUCCCCACCGCGUUUGUGGUUGCCUUCAAAGCGGCUGUGUGAUCUGCUGUCCCCCCAACAGGCGCCAGGUGCCGACAGCCGGUGGCACUGUGCCUUCCGCAGCUGGGCGCCAGACCGGGGCUGAGACCGAGCUGCCCUGCCAGGCCUGGGCGGGUGUUCUCGUUAACGCACAUGUGCCCUCUGUGCCAGGCCGUGCUCAUUAUUCAGCAGUUGCUCUUCAUCCUUGCAGAGCACCUCUUCUCUUUUGGUUAUGCUGCAAGAAGUACACCGUGUCUCCUUUCCAGGGCUGGCCGUCACAGUCUCUGUGCGGCUCCUUGGGCUUAAAUACCUCUCCAAGAGCAGGUUCCUGGGAGCGCGAGUCUGACGAGGGAGCAGAGCUCACAGUUAGCCAGUAUUUGCACAACUCCAGUCCCUGCGCUGCUUUCAGUAUGGUUGUGCAUCCUCCGGGAAUGACUCCCUCGUGAGUCCGGCAUACUGUCAGAGGGUGGCCGAGCUGCUGGCAUCACUGCAAGCCACCAAACUGUCUUUGGUCCUUUUCCUGUGUACAUUUGCUUUUUCUGCUAUUGGUGGUGCCCCUCUGUUUAACACU